UCAAUCGGUUCACAACUUGGUCGCGAGGAAAAAGGCUCGGAAAAUAAUUUUCUUAUCUUAUCUUGAAAUAAUUAAAUAUUAAGUAAAUACUGAGGAAAAAAAGUCAGUAGUACUUUUUUUUAAAAAAGAAAAGUGAAGGAAAAAUAAAAAAACUCGGAAAAAAAUCGAAACGACAAACAGCGGAAGCAACAAAUUUAUUCAUCAUAUACGUUAAUGAAGACAAAUGAGAUGCUCAAACUUGUGCCUUUUUCAGUCGCUUCUUAAGUAGACUGACUUUGUGUUGAUUACAAACUUUAAAUUUCAAUAAUUAGAUAGAAAAAAAAUAUAAAAAAAUGGGGGAAGGCACGAACGAAGAUCACGCGGCGGCCAUUAAAGAGAUCAACUGUGGCGUCAUGACGGCAGAUUUGACAAAAGAAACGAAAGCGCAAAAGUUUUGUCGCAAACACGGGAUUAACCCGAACCUAGUGAUGCUGAAAAUUACGCUUUUCGUCAUGUACGGAGCGACAUCAUCUUUGUUGCCUUAUCUGACGAUUCACAUGCAAAGUAUUGGGUUAACUGUGGAGGAAAUUGCUAUAAUUUACUUGGCAUUGCCGUUCACGACGUUUUUGAGUCCUCCCAUAACUGGCUUUCUCGUUGACAAAUUCGGUCGUUACAAGCCUGUGGUCAUCAUGAGUCUCAUCUUGAACGCCGUUUUUCAUCAUUCGCUUUUGAUGAUUCCGCAACAAGAGAUUCCCGGAAAGAUGCCAGCUGCGUAUGUGAUGCGUCAUCCGGAGCAGGGCACAGUUGAGGUUUGGUGGAGUCCUUGUCCGAGUCGUGAAUGCCCAGAUGACGAGGAAUUAGUCAUCAUUAUUGAUCAAUGUUUGGACCAUUGUUUGUUGCACGAGCAGAAUCCGAAAGUAGAACGUGUUCAACCGCCAACGGAUAAUCCCGUGUUGGUGAUGGAUGACCCCGAAUACGAUAAUUUGAACUUUACUUUGAGUAAAAACAAGAAAUUAGCAAAUGGGAAGACAACAGGAGGAAGUAGCACGACGGAAGCUUAUAUUGAAACAACAACCGAAGAAAGUGAAGAAAGCUGGGUUGCCGAAAGUGAAGAAUCUGCCUUUUUCCAACUGGACAUGCAUCCCGAUUUAGGAGAUCCCAUCGAGCAGCUUGGCAUGGAAAUCGAGCAAGAUGACAACGACACCGUAACCGACUUCAAGACACGUUUCGGCGUCAAACUGUUAUGGGACUCGGGCGUCAACGUAACCGAACUCGAGGAAGAAGAUUUACGUUGUGGCGGCUUAGUUUUGACCUCAAACAUGAGUUUGCAGUCCACGGAACGCCUUUCGCAAUACGCCAUCGAUUGCAUGGUCCAAAAAUGCCAAUUUCGUCGCGGCGGACCUGAAAUCUGCCCCCCAGAUUAUGUCGAGUCAGACGACGCCACAUUCUGGAUUUACUUCGUUUUGCGUUUCCUCGCAACGACAAUGCUGAGUGCCGCUGUCACAAUUAUGGAUCCGAUCGUCUUGACAAUGGUGGAAAAAUAUGGCGGCGAUUUUGGGCGCGAAAGACUGGCGUCGAGCAUUGGCAUGGCGAUUUUCUCUCCGAUCACGGGUUUUAUGAUUGAUUAUUCGUCGCGGGGACUUGGAUACACGAAUUACGCGGCGGCUUUUUAUACGUACGAUAUUUUGUUGAUAAUUAGUGCGAUAACGGUUUUCAUGAUGCCUUUGGGAGAAAAAUUGCCAGCUGAUAAUGUUUUCAAAGAUUUGGUGACGUUGCUGAAACGCCCGCAUGUGAUGAUGUUCAUUCUGUUUUUGUUUAUUCUCGGCAACUUCUGGGGCUUCAUCGAGAGUUUCUUGUUUUUGUAUUUGAAGGAGCUUGGCGCGCCGAAUUAUUUGUUGGGCAUUACAAUUACAGUUGGAACAAUGAGUAGUGUGCCGUUCUUGUAUGGCGCUGAAAGGAUAACGAAGAUUUUUGGACACGUGAAUUUGAUUGUGAUUGCUUUUAUUGCUCAUUCAGGACGUUUAGUUGGAUAUUCCUUAAUUGAAAACGCUUGGUGGUGCUUCCCCUUCGAAGCGAUGGAAGCCCUUUCCUGUCACUUGAUGUGGGUCGCUGCAGCUACUUAUUGCGCAUUUUUGGCACCAAAAGCUCUGUUGGCAACAUUAAUUGGCGUUUUAGGCAUGGCUCAUUUCAGUUUGGGUCGCGGAAGUGGUUCUUUCAUUGGCGGUUUGUUAAUUGGCGAAGUCGGAACUCGCGAUGCCUUCCAAUAUAUGGGAUUAACGGCUUUCAUUGGCGGAAUUGCUUAUAAGGUCAUUCAUUAUAUCUGGCUACGGAAAUUCGAUUCGAAUUCUGAAGAUGAAGAUAUCCAAGAAGAAGCGGCUGAAUCCGGUGAGGCAGAGAAAUUAACGAAACCAGGAAUGGUCGAUGCGGGCACUUCAAUGUCGCAAGAACGUCUCUUUUUGAUGGUUCGUUUCAAUCAAAUUGGAAGUUUGUCGUCGUUGCCACGUGGAUCGAAGGCUGAUAUCAAUGACAUCAAACGUCGUCGUUGCAGUUAUCAAAUUGAAACAUCAAAAGGCGGAGGAAGUGCUUCGAAAGUAGAUUUACUCAAAUCUGCGCUUGAAAUCAGUCAUAAAACGUCACAACCGAUGUUACGAAGUGGCGGAAGAAGUACAGAGUACGUAACGCAUCGCAGUCGAGCAGAUAGUGCCCCGAAACUCACGCAACCAAAGCAUAUUUCGUCGCAUCCAAUUUUAAGCUCCGUUGUUGAUGAGGUGUCAGAGCCGUCACAACUCUCAAGAUUCCGCAAAAAACACCAUCAAAGCGGGAUUUUGCCAAUUGAUCCGGAAAUCGAGCACUUACACAAUUAUUUGAGGGAUGCCGAACGUCGCGAUUCCAUUCCCGAAACAAUCCCCGAAGGUGUUCCCGUUACGACAAAUUUGCCGGCAGUGUCGAUGGAAAUUCACGACAUCCCGGAGAAAAAUGAGAAUUGCACAUGUGAGUGCACGUGCACUAACGAAAAGCAUCUUGCUAAAACAACGACUUGACAGUGAGCUUGAAACGUGAAGAUUAUUAAUUUUUUGUUAUAAAAUUAAAGUCAAUGUUGUUAGAAGGUAUUAAGCGUGAAAUAAAAGUAUUUAGUACUC